AUGAUCUGCAUCACUUUGGGCUCGGGUCCCGUGAGCCAGUGCAGUCGGCAUCACGACGAGAGGGAACUCGCGCUCACACUCAAGUUGAUAACGAACGGCCCGUAUUCGACCAUCAUCGGCUCGCGCGUGUACCUGAUGGACAUGGCCUAUUCUAAGUACGAGCUGCUCAAUCUCAAGAACCAGGAGUUCACGUUCUACGUCGAUGUGUCGCAGCUCCCCUGCAGCCUCAACAGCGCGCUUUACUUCGCCGAGAUGGACGCUGACGGCGGCAACAGCCGCUUCUCCACCAACAAGGCCGGUGUCAAGUACGGUACACCCGGUGUCCACAUGACAUCAAAUUUUGCAACGGCCAGCAAUGUCAGGACCGACGCUGCCGCAGAAUAUUAUUUGGAAGGUUCGAACUGGCGAUAUGAUGCCAUUCCUCAUAGGGCGCUGUUUCUCUAA